AUGGCGAAUGGCGGUGCAGCGGCGAUUAACGGUGGAGCGGCGAUUGGCGGUGGAGCGGCGGCGGAUAAAAGCGGCGCCGCGACGGGUUUCGGAACAGGCAGCGGCGAAGCGAGGGGAGGCGGCGGGAAGUCGGCGGUGACGAGCGCGGGAACCGGCGACGGCAACGGGUCGAUGGAAGAAGGCGCUUCGGUGGGGAAGAAGUCGGGAGGCACGAGGCGGCUGGCGGAACGCGGAGCGGACGGGAAGCGGCCGCGCAAGCGGUGCAAGCUGGUGCUGUUCGAGAGCCGUCUGCCGCGCGACGGGUUCGUGUGGCUCAAGUACGGCCAGAAGGAGCUGUCGGGCGGCACCAUGACGAGGCACUACUUCAAGUGCAACGCGGCGGACUCGGCGGCUGCGUGCGAGGCGAAGCGCAUCGUGGACUACAACAAGGUGGACCCCCGCCACCCCAUCCGCGUCUCCACCACCGGCGCGCACAACCACGACGCGCCCGCCGCCCCGCUCGGCCUCAGCCUGUGCAGGGAAGGGGAGGCGGCAGGCGAGGGGGGCGCGGGGGCCGCGGGGGGCGAAGGGGACGACGGGGAAGAGGGGGAGGUGUUUUAUGAGAGAACGGGGGAAGAUCGGGAGUGGGGGGAAGAGGAGGAGUACUACCAGCAGCCGCCGCCGCCCCCGCCAUUGCCACUACCACAGGCGCCGGCACUGCCGCCGCCGCCCCCGCAGCAGCAGCUGCAGCAGCAGCGGUCCCCUCUGAUGCACCAACUGUCGGCUCCUGUUGGAUUCUCCGCCUCCCACUCCCACUCCCCGCACGCCUCCUCCCUCCCACCCUCACAAGCGUUCGCACAUGGCGACCGGCGGCUGGCGCUCUCAAACCCGCGCACCCACUCCAAGCCCUCCGCGCCCCCUUGCUCCCCCUCCCACCUGCCCCUGCACGCCCCUCCGCCGCCGCCCAACGCUCUUCCAGACCAGCACGGCGGGGCCCUGGCUGCGUUUCCGCAGCAACAAAUAUCCUCGCUACAAUCACAGAACGUAUCCUCGCUGCAGCGACAAUCCCCCUUACAGCGUCAAUUCUCGUUGAAGCAACAAGACAUUUCUUCAUUACAGCCACAAGCCAUGUCCUCCUUACAGCGCCAACCCUCGUUACAGCCACAGGCCCUGUCCGCCUUACAGCGGCAGUCCGCGUUACAACCCGGCUCAAUGCUUCCAGGAGUGGGGUGCGCGAGAGGCAGAGUGCGCAUGGGGAGUGCGCUGACGGCCCUGGCAUGGCGGCAGGGGGGAGAGCUGGAGGGGCAGCACGGAGGGCAGGGACAAGGGUGGCGGGAGCAAGGGUGGCAUGAGCAGGGGCGGCAGGAGCAGGGGCGGCAGGAGCAGGGGCGGCAGGAGCAGGGGCGGCAGGAGGAGGGGCGGCAGGAGCAGGGGCGGCAGGAGCAAGGGCGGCAGGAGCAAGGGCGGCAGGAGCAGGGGCGGCAGGAGCAGGGGCGUGUGGGAGACACGGCAGGAGUGUCGGAGGCCGCUCAAGAGGGCAGGCAAGCCGUGUCGCCCCCUCUGCCCACACCCAUGCCGCCCGCACCCAUGCCCGCACCCAUGCCCGCACCCAUGCCCGCACCCAUGCCCGCACCCAUGCCUGCACCCAUGCCCACACCCAUGCCCGCGCCCAUGCCAGCAGCGGUGCCAGCAGCAAUAUCUGGAGUGGGCAGGGAGGGUGGAGCGGGGGAUUGGCUUGCGGAACGACAAGCAGCAAGAGCGGCAGAAGCAUCUGACGGGCAGCCGCGGCCGCUUGGGCGCACAGCAUCUGCACCCGUGGGGCGGAUUGGGGCGGCGGAGGGGGGUGGGGCAGCGGCGGGUGGGGGGCGAGGGGGGCCUCGGCAGGCGUUUGGCGUGGAUUGCUCCAUGCCUCUGCUGCAGCAGUGGCUGCAACACCGCGCCACACAAACCCAGCAACAGCAGCCGCUGAGCCCACCGCAGCCGCCAAGCCUUCCACAGCAGCAAAGAGUCCAGCGGCCACCUUCACAGCAGCAGCAGCAGCAGCAGCAGCAGCGAACACAAGAAGCGUCGGGCGCACCGACGGGUGAUGGACACCCCAUGGGAGCAAUGAGACGGCACGAGGACGGUGCGAUGGGAGCAGUGGCGACGGCAGGCGCAGCUCAGGCAGCAGAGGGAGCGCCUCAACGGUUGGUGCGGCAGGGCCAGGCACAGGUGGCAGAGGCACAGCAGGCAGCACAGGUGGUAGCGCAAGCACAGCCCAGGCAGGCAUCACACAAAUCAUCAGUUCCCAUCCCAGCAGCAGCAGCAGCACCACUAGAGGCAGAGGCGACAACCCGAGGCACCUUUCCUGAUCAUGCAGCGCAUGCCCCACGCUCAGCGCCGCCAGGGUCAGCGGCGCCACACGCGGUGGUGGCAGCGCGGGUGGAGGCGCUGCGGCGGCAGCAGGAGGAGGCGACGAGGAGGGAGGUGGAGGCGGCAGCAGCGGUGCGGCAGCUGGAGGCGCAGCUGGAGCAGCAGCGCGCCGCCGCCGCCCAGGCGCGCGCCCGCGCUGCUGCCGCCCAGGCGGAGGCGGAGAUGAAGCUGGCCGCCCUGCGGAGACAGCUGCAGGCGGAGCACAGCCCCCGCGACGGAGGAGCGGCGGCUGGGGGCGUGGCGGCGGAGGGGGUGGCCGCUGGUGGGGUGGCGGCUGGGGGUGUGACAGCUGGGGGAGUGGCGGGCGGGGGUAUAGGGUCGAGGGCAGGGAGAGGGGUGGUGGUAAAGGAAGAGGCGAUUGGGGAGGAGGCUGUGGCGGAUGAGAUGCCCGUGGGUGUCACCUCCGCUUUCGCGCCAGUCACCACCUCCCCCACUACCAGCCAAAAUUGCACCCAGGAACGCGGCGACAGCCAGUGCGAGAACCAGGGGGAGAGUGGGAGCAUGAGAGAGGGUGCGGGAAGGGUGGAGAGGCAGGGGGGUGCGCGGGGCAGGAACAGCAGCACGGCGGCACUGGCGCUGUCACUGUCGUGUGUGGCGCUGCGCCUCGUGCUGCAGCUGCAGGAGGCUGCCAGGGCGGAGCAGCAGGGGGUGGUCGGUGCGGAGGAGAAGCAAGCAGGUGGUGGCGGAGAGGCGGAUGGACGGAAUGGGUCGGAGCAGUUUGGUGUGGGCAUGGUGGCAGCUGCAGGUGGAGGUGUGGAAGCAGGUGGAGCAGGAAGCAGAGAGGGCUGUGGAGGGGGUGGAGCAGGCAGGGAAGCGCCAUUCCUUGAUGGCCCGGCUCACAGCGCUCCUGAGAUGUCCACGCUCACUGCAGCCGCCGUGCCCACUGCCUCAUCCAUGGCUUUCCCCGGUGCUUUUCUGCAGGCGGGGGGCAUGUGGGAGAGCAGGGGCGGUGUGAGGAGCAGAGUGGAUGCCGUGGGCAGCAGCACAGGGGCGCCGCCCCCCAGCCCCGCGGACUCACAUGCGCCCUGCAGUGCUGCCAGGCGUGUUGACGUGGAGCUGCGCCUCUGA